AUACUAAUUAAAAAAAGACAAACCGAAAAAGGAAUAAAUAUUUAAAUGCUUGUUAAGCGGCAAAAAAUAGUGACAUAACAUGCAGCUUUUCUCUCAGUGAACUGAUGAGCUUUUUGGGAAAAAUUGAAAGAGUUUUUAAAGGCCAGUUUCGCGAGGCGAUCGAAAUUGUGCAAACCUUGAAGUGGUUCAUGGCUCGCGAGUUUGAGGUGUCUUGGAAUGCACCGUAAUGGAACAAUGUUGUCGUUUUUUCUGUGCCAGCAGAAAGCAACAAGAAGUAAAACAAAUCGAGUCAUAGUUGGUAGAAAGGGUUACUCGCAAUCAGAAGUACUUCGAGUGCAGUUAAACGGAUAGCCUCCUGGAAAAAUGUUGUGCCAUAACGUGUUCACCUUUCUUCUGCUAGCGUGUGUGCUCAGAGCAUCGUUAUGUCAAGACAAUAACGUGUGUCCGAGUUAUCGGGAUUAUAUAACCAUGAAGAACAACUCCAACUGUUGGUACAACUUCGCCGCCGAUCUCAAAGUGCCGGAGAUUAUACGAAGAUCUGGCUAUCCCUUCAUAGAAUACAAAGUCCAGACCAAAGACGGCUACAUCCUCUCGGUCUUCAGGAUACCGAGUGUGCAGCAAAAAGCGCCCGUGUUCAUGCUACACGGCAUCCAGAGCACUUCGGGCAUUUUUGUCGGCAUGGGAAAGCAUUCCCUUGCCUUUCUCCUCGCAGACGCAGGCUAUGAUGUUUGGUUGGGCAAUUAUCGCGGCACUGAAUACUCCGAAGGCCAUACGCACUUGAACAUUACCCAAAGGGACUACUGGAACUACGGAGUCGACGAAAUUGCCCUGAUCGACGUCCCGACUAUGCUGAACUUAGUCAGGUAUUACACGUGGAAAAGAGGGAAGAUUAUCUACAUCGGGCACUCGCUAGGAACGUCGGCUGCGAUGAUGUACGCUUGUGAAUAUCAAGAACAUGCCAAAGAAACUGUUAAAUUAUUCAUAUUUAUGGCUCCUGCAUACAAGCUAAAUAAUAUGAGGUCGCCGUAUCGGGUGUUUUUCCCUUUAAUGAGGACAGCGCUGUCCCUUUCCAACAACCUGAACAUUGUUCAGGUGUUUUCUCGAGGAUAUGCGAGACGACUCACUCGACCCACGUGUCUCGCAGCCCCGUCUUUAAUGCUUCUUUGCUUGAGCUUAGUCAAUCUGUUUCUCGGGCCCUUCACGCAGAUCUCUCCGGAGACAGUCCCUGUUCUUUUCAACCAAUUGCCGGGCGGUACUUCGUUAAAAACUCUUACCUAUCUAUCGGAGGCUGUAAGAGGCCAGUUUAGAAAAUUCGAUUACGGUGGGAGAAAUUUGUUCAUGUAUGGUAAUUCCACACCACCGUCGUAUAAUAUUUCCAGAGUGGAAGUACCAGUUUUUAUUUUUUAUGCCUCGCAUGAUUGGGCGACUUCGAAACCUGAUGCAAUCAACUUGUACCGAUCGUUACCACCGGCUUCCAGGUUCGGUAUUUAUGAAAUAUCGAACCUCAGGUUCAACCACUUCGAUUUUCUCUUCGGGAAAGAAGCAAAGACUCUGGUCCACGACAAAAUCCUCCAAGUGAUUGAGAAUUUUCCUAAUAAAACGCCCCUCCGGCCCAACAUGUUCUUAGUGAUAGUGCUACUAGGGUGUUUGAUCCAAAACAGUUUAAGUGAAUACAACAAUGUCUGUCCGACUUUUGAGGAUUACUACACGAUGAGGAACAACUCGAAUUGUUGGUACGACUUCACGGCAGAAUUCGACGUCCCCACUGUUAUACGCCUUAACGGUUAUCCCGUCAUCGAGUACAGAGUCCCAACUGCCGAUGGAUUUAUCCUAACGAUGUUCCGGAUUCCCUCUAAAAACCCCAAAGCCCUGAAAUAUCCGGUUUAUCUCCAACACGGCCUCGUGGCAACUUGUGCCUACUUUGUAGGCUUGAAGAGGAACUCUCUGGCGUUUGUGUUGGCCGAUGCGGGGUAUGAUGUCUGGUUGGGGAAUUAUAGAGGAACACAGUAUUCAGAAACGCACAUCAAUAAAACAGUGUAUCAGCAAGAUUACUGGGACCAUAGUAUGGACGAAAUCGUGGCGUACGAUUUCCCAGCUUCGUUUAACACGAUUUUAGCAAAUACUGACCCCGAUGGCAAAAUUAUUUACAUUGGGCAUUCGUUAGGCACCACUUUGUCUCUAAUGUAUGCAGCGGAGUUUCCAGAAGUUGCGAAAGAGACGCUCAGAAUGAUGGUUCUGAUUUCGCCAGCGUAUACUCUGGCUAAUAUGAAGUCGCCUUACAGGCUGGCAGCACCCUUUGGAGCCGCUAUUAUGAACAUUGUUGGCGAAUUGGAAAUGUUCCGGAUUGUUUCUCAAGCCCAACCGUUGAAGGUGCUCACCGACACUCUAUGUUUGGAGUCACCGCCUCUGAUGCAGUUCUGCUUGCAACUCUACAAUUUGUUCUACGGCCCACAUACCGAUUUUGGACCUGAAAUGAUCCCGGUUUAUUUCAACCAGCUUCCGGGGGGAACAGCGUUGAAGAUUUUGAACCAUGCUGCUGACUUGGUUCUGGGAAAUUUCAGGAAAUAUAACUACGUUGAUAGGAAUGUCCUGUACUACGGGACGGAGGAACCGCCAGAGUAUGACAUAAAGAAGAUUCAAGUUCCUGUGUAUAUUAUCUACAGCUCGUCGGAUUGGGCUACGACAGCACCAGACGCGGUGAACUUGUGGAACCACCUUUCGGAGGAGGCGAGAUUCGGCUUGAAGAACGUGGAGGUGUUCAACCACAUCGACUUUGUUUACGGAAGACACGCCCGAAGCCUUGUUUAUGAUGACUUAGUUCAAGUUUUAAAUAAAUUCGUUAACAGUUAGUC